AUGAAGAAUCUUUUCUCUAUCAUUCUGUUCCUAAAAGGGGUUGUAGGGCUUCGGACGAUCAAAAAGGAUGUCAUUGUAGUUGGCGGUGGUUCCAGUGGCAUUUAUACUGGAAUCUCACUGGUGGACGCGGGAAAAGAUGUAGUAAUUGUUGAAAAGUCAAGCGCAAUCGGAAGCCACGCCAACACAUAUUACGAUCCAAUCUUCAAAACGCCUCGGAAUGUGGGAGUUCAGUCUUUGCCCAAUAUCUCAGUUGUCAACGACUAUUUGACAAGAGUGAAUGUCACCGCCGGUCCGUAUGUCUCGUACAAUGCCCCGACAAAUCUGAACGUGGAUUACAUGACGGGCCUGGAAGUCAAGAAUUACACAGCGCCAUCCGGUGCUGAAGCCAGCUGGAAGACAUUCCGUUCUAUCAUUGAGGAGAAAUAUUCGUACCUGGAAGAAGGAUUUUUUCUGCCGGACCCAGUCCCGGACGAGCUAUUAUUGCCAUUUUCGCAAUUUUCUGGCAACUUUGCCCCCAAAAAUGUCGACGACAUCUACAUUAACGCGGCGAAGAUCCUAGGAGAUAGGGUAUUGCUCAGCUCGACAGUUCAAAGUUUAAAAAGGAGCGAGAGCAGCGUCACUGUCAUCGUCAAGACGCCUAGCGGGAGAAUCUGUUAUGAGGCAGACAAGAUCGCCAUGGCCGCGCCUCCGUUGAUCCAGAAUUUUGCUGGAUGGGAUCUAUCCUCGAAUGAGUUCCAGCUCUUUAGCAAAUUUCAGAGCAAGAACACUCACAUUGCCAUUACCCGCAAUCCAGAAUGGAACAACGCCUCCAUUACCGGCGUCGGACCCAGCUCUUCACUUGGCAUCGCCAGGCUUCCUGGAGCAAUUAAUACCUCUCCUACUGGCUUCAGUGACUCAUCGUACUUCUCCUACGUCUGCUUUAUAGGCGAAGCUUCUGUUCAGUAUGCGCAGACCCUGUUCAAGUCGCAGGUUCAAAAGUUGAUCGCGAAUGGAGUACUGCCAGCGAGCAAGAACGAAAUUGUCGAAUGGUUCAAUCACGAUCAAUACAUGAACUUUGUUUCUAACGAGGAUAUAAAAUCUGGUUUCUACACUAAGCUGAAUGAUCUGCAAGGCACGUCUAGCACGUACUAUGUGGGUGCUAUUUGGGCAGGACAGGAUUCUGCUUAUAUCUGGGGAGCUUGCAAGAGACUACUACCCAAGAUCUUAGCAUAG